AUGGGCAUGGCGCAGGUGGACGACGCCGAGCUGCGUCCGGGCCUCGCUCUCUACCGCCCACUCCCGACGCUGCUGCGCCUCGAUGUCCUCCCAUUCGGAAUGCUCUACGCCACCUUUAGCGCGUGUGCGGCUGUGGCGCAGCGCGGCCAUGGCUUUGCCGUCGGCCUCGCGCUCGUGGCCUGCACGCAUGCGCUCACGUUCUUUGCGAGCGAAUGGAGCCUUCGCGUCAAGUGCUUCGUGGCGUACUCGCGCAUCUCCAUUGCUGGUCUCUCGACGUACGACGACGUGGUCGUCAAGGUCGAGCCGACGUUGCCGUCGCUGCCCGCGGAGCUUUGUCCGAUUCGACGAGAGGCGCCGUCGCCCAAGCUGCAAGUGCAAAAGGCGACAAUACCGGUCCCCACGCUCUGGUUUUCCUACCAAAAGCUGCGCUUCUGCCUCGACACCUCCUUGACCGCGCCAGUGUGCUUCCGUCGGCUCACGUACCCCAUCAACAAGGACCUGGCUGCGUACGCUGGCGCCAACGGCUACACGUCGCGCGUUGCGCUCGAGGCUGCCGGCUUGCGCUGGCAGAAGAACGAGUUUGAGAUCCCGAUGCCGGCCUUCUGGACGCUCCUCAAGCAGCACCUCGUCGCGCCCUUCUUCGUCUUUCAGUUCUUCUGCAUGCUGCUCUGGUGCAUGGACGAGUACAUGUACUACUCGCUGCUGACCAUGGCGAUGCUCGUGCUCUUCGAGUGCACGGUCGUCAAGCAGCGGCAGCACAACCUCGAGCUGCUCGCGCUCAUGCAGCGGCCGCCGACGCGCGUCUACGCGUAUCGAAUGACCAAGUGGCAACGCCUCUCGUCGACGGACCUCGUCCCCGGCGACCUCGUGUCGAUCGGCCGCCCGACCGCGUUUGACGAGACGGGCGACGUCGAGAGCGGCCUUGUCGCGCCGUGCGACCUCCUCCUUCUCCGCGGCGCGUGC